AUGCAUUUCGCCCUCCCCCCACGAAAGACCUCGCGACCGCCACCCUACCUCCCCCGAACAUCCCACCUGCCUGGGCUUAGGAGAACGCGGCUGAAGCUGAUCGCGCUGGGUGGGCUUUUCUUUCUCGCGUUGAUAUACUUGAUCACACGGUCGGGUGGUGGUAGCAGCAGACAUGGGUUGCCGGCGGCACGGGUGCCCAAGGGGAACCCGCCGGUGGUGAUUGUGACGGUGCUGGAUUCGACGAAGUUUAGUGGGACGUAUUUGCAGACGGUUAAGCAGAAUCGGUUGCAGUAUGCUGAGAAGCAUGGCUACCAAACGUUCCUCGCGAAAAUCACAGACUACGACCUCGAGGGCUCGCCCUUCUCUUGGACGAUGGUCGUCGCCAUGCGCGACGCGCUGACCAAGUUCCCCGACUGCCACUACGUGUGGUUCCUCGACGCCAGCAGUCUGAUCAUGAACCCGAAGCUCAAGAUCGAAGAGCACGUUAUGCCGUCGGCACGACUGGAGGAGUUGAUGAGGAAAGACUUGCCUGUGGUCCCGCCCGACAGUAUCAUCAAGACGUUUAGUCACCUGCGGGGCCAGGACGUGGAUUUGGUGAUUUCGCAGGAUAAGGAGGGAUUGUCGACGAGCAGCUUUGUGGUGCGGAACGGGGAGUGGGCGCGGUUCUUUUUGGAGACGUGGUUUGGGCCGCUGUAUCGGAGUUAUAAUUUCCAGAAGGCUGAGGUGCAUGCUCUGGAACACAUGGUACAAUGGCACCCGACGAUCUUAUCCCGCAUGGCUGUCAUCGACCAACGCACCAUCAAUUCGUACGCCAAGGGCACCACAGCGGAGGAAUACAAAGACGGCGACUUGGUCGUGGGCUUCCCGGAGUGUGUUACGGUUGGGCCGCAAGAGUGCGAGACUCGGUCCAAACCGUUUGCACAGGCGUGGAAGAGGGUGUUUGAGAGUGUAUAA